UGGCCGUGCAAGCAACCCUUGUCACGCGCAGUGACACACGCACGCGCACAAACACCCCCUCGGUGUCUGUGAUGCGGUCCCACACAGUCCCACAUCCAGCGGGCGGACGGAGCGAGUAGUCAGGACUAAUUGACGAACUAACAGCCGUAGAAGCUGUCGCUGUUAUAUCUAGAUUAAAAGCGACUUCUUCGUGAUACUGAGGAAGUUAAAAGCUCUCACUCUGAGCUGUAGAGGAACUUUCUGGAGACAAAGUAUGGAGUUUUUCUUUUGACAGCUGCUCCGCUGCCAGACUGACAAACACCAGUGACCGGGAGGUGAGCUGUCACCAUCCAUUCAGCUGCCAGAUGACUGACCGGCCCUCCAGCCGAGCAUCCUGACUGUCUCUGCCUCCGUUUGUGAGUCUAAAUGUCCACAAUGACUUGCAGGGGACUUGAAUGGCGAAUCCCCUGCUGACGCCUCAGAUCACCAGAUUUCUCCCCCGACUGCCUCCUGUCCUGACAGCCUUGGUGUUAAACGUUUCUCUGGAGCCCCCUCCCUGUUGAAUCUGUCGCCAUGGCUAGUCUGGUGCUCAAUGAGACUGGAAUGGAGGACUGUGGCAUUGAUGACUCCUUCAAGUACGACUUGUACUCGGUGGUCUACAGUGUGGUCUUUGUCUUAGGACUCAUCACCAACUGUGCAGCCCUUUUUGUGUUCUGCUUCCGGAUGAAGAUGCGCAAUGAGACCACAAUGUUUAUGACUAAUUUAGCGCUAUCAGAUUUAGUAUUUGUUUUCACGCUCCCAUUCAAAGUCUUCUACAAUGUGAACCGCCACUGGCCAUUUGGAGACGGACUGUGUAAGGUAUCAGGAACAGCCUUCAUCACCAACAUCUAUGGCAGCAUGCUCUUCCUCACCUGCAUCAGCGUGGACCGUUUCUUGGCUAUAGUCUACCCUUUUCGCUCCCGCUCCAUUCGCACGCGCAGGAACGCAGCGCUGGUGUGUGCCGCUGUUUGGUUGACCAUUGUGGGAGGAGGAAUAUCAGUGACCUUCUUCUCUACGAUUAACAGCACAAACAGAGCCACAACAUGCUUCGAGGGCUUCUCCAAGAGCACCUGGAAGACUUACCUGUCCAAAAUUACCAUCUUUAUUGAGAUUGUGGGCUUCCUAAUCCCCCUUCUGGCCAACUUGGUAUGUUCCUCGCUUGUCCUGCGGACUCUGCGGCGUCCAGUAACCGUAGGUCAUGGCUGUGACAGUAAGAGACGUGUCCUGAGGAUGAUUUUGGUCCACUUGGCCAUCUUUAUCAUCUGCUUUGUCCCUUAUAACUCUAUCCUCUUCCUGUAUGCCCUGGUGCGGACCCAGGCUCUGGCUAGCUGUGCUAUAGAGCGCUUUGCCCGGACUCUCUACCCAAUCACUCUGUGCCUAGCCAGCCUCAACUGCUGCCUGGAUCCUGUAGUCUAUUACUUCACCUCAGAGAGCUUCCAGAAAAGCUUGACCAUGGGAGGUAAAGGGCCCGGCUCCCGUCCUGAGAGUAUUCCCCGCAGUGACACUGAAAAUCAGGACAUAGCGAACACCCUCCCAAGAGACACACACACUCUGGCCAGCAAUGGGAAGGACUCAAAAACAGCAGAAAGUCAGCUCUGACUCAGCAGGAAAUAAGGGAGGUAAAGAAGGACACGUUGGGUUCGACGGGAGCCCUGAAUUGGAAAAAUAAAGCGAUCAGCUGUUGGGUCCUGGAAGUGACAAACACAUAACUCAGCAGAUUAGUUAAGUCCUGGGGUAAGUCCUGAGGUAUGGCCUGGGCUUUACGGAUUAAUCCACCACUGGAGAGCAGAGGAAUGUAUCUGUGUGUGUUUAUUAUGAGAGAACGCUGGAGGGACCAGAGACCCAGACACACCAGGACUAUGAAGAGACAGCAGAGUCUCUAUAAGAGACUACAACACAUCCAUACUCAGGCUCAACACACACAAGCACUCACAGGAGCACUGGAUUGUGGAUAAGAUGAAGAUUUCUGUCCGUAUUGGUGAAAUAUGCUGUUUAGUUCUUUUGUAACACAUUGAGCCUAUUGUUUUAUUGUUAUAAAGUUUUCACUGGAUAUUAUAUCAUUUUAGACAUUCAUGUUUUGACACUCUUUAAUGUGUUGAGACUCAUUGUUACUAUAACACAGAAACCGCUGACCUGCCGAGUUUAAUGUGUCUCAUGUUGAAGUUUGAGGCCAUUAAAUGUCUGUUUUGAA